AUGGAAAGUCGUAUGCAAAAUGUAAAGUUAGUAAAACCUUUGGUGAUUGGAACAUAUUCCUUUUUACUGUCUCAACAGGAGAAGAGGAAAUAUGGAAAUAUGACUCACAAAUGGACAUGUUUAUUAAGAUGUCCUAAUUCGUCUGACAUUUCUUUAUUUAUAAAUAAAGUGGUUUUUGAAUUAGAUCCAUCUUUUAUUUACCCCAAAAGAGUUUAUACACAACCACCAUAUGAAGUGAAUGAAAUAGGAUGGGGUGAGUUUUAUUUACAAGUAAAAAUUUAUUUUGCUGAUUCUACCUUACCACCUGUUAAUAUUAUGCAUUUUGUUAAGCUAAACACUGAUUCAGAUUCUACACAUUGUCCGUGUGUGGUAAACGAGACAUAUGAAGAAAUAAUUUUUAAAAACCCAACUAUUGGUUUGUAUAAUAAAAUUUUACAAAGCAAUAGUACAAAAGUUGCUCCUCAUAAAUUUCAAGAAUAUUUCAUAAAAUAUGAUUUUAAAGAAGAAAAUUUUACAAAAACUUACCUUCAAUUUCAAUCGAAAGUACAAGAAGAAAUUUGUGACUUAAUGUCUGAAGCAACUUUAUUAUCAAAAGAUAUUAAUGAAGCACAGCAAAAAUAUUUUGCAAUGAAAACAGAAAUGGGUGUAAGCAGUGAUGACAAUUAA